AGCCAAGAAUCUGCCCAGCUACCCAGGGCCCAACAAGAUGCGGGACUGCUACUGCACCGUGAACCUGGACCAGGAGGAGGUUUUCAGGACCAAGAUUGUGGAGAAGUCGCUCUGCCCCUUCUACGGAGAAGACUUCUACUGCGAGAUUCCUCGGAGCUUCCGUCACCUGUCCUUCUACGUCUUUGAUAGAGACGUUUUCCGGAGGGAUUCCAUCAUAGGGAAGGUGGCCAUUCAGAAGGAAGACCUGCAGAAGUACCACAACAGGGACACUUGGUUCCAGCUGCAGCAUGUGGAUGCUGAUUCGGAAGUGCAGGGCAAGGUCCACCUGGAGCUGCGGCUGAGUGAGGUCAUCACCGACACAGGCGUUGUCUGCCACAAGCUGGCCACGCGCGUCCUCGAGUGCCAAGGCCUCCCCAUCGUGAACGGGCAGUGUGAUCCCUAUGCCACUGUGACCCUAGCAGGACCAUACAGGUCAGAAGCAAAGAAGACAAAAGUGAAGAAGAAGACCAACAACCCCCAGUUUGAUGAGGUGUUUUAUUUUGAGGUGACCAGGCCCUCCAGCUACAGCCGGAAGUCCCACUUCGACUUUGAGGACGAGGAUGUGGACAAACUCGAAAUCCGGGUUGACCUCUGGAACGCCAGUAACCUGAAAUUUGGAGAUGAGUUUCUGGGAGAACUGAGGAUUCCGCUGACGGUGCUGCGGCAGUCUAGCUCCUACGAGGCCUGGUACUUCCUGCAGCCCCGAGACAGCGGCAGCAAGAGCCUGAAGCCGGGGGACCUGGGGUCCCUGCGGCUGAAUGUGGUUUACACGGAGGACCACGUCUUCUCCUCUGACUACUACAGCCCUCUGCGUGACCUGCUGCUCAAGUCGGCAGACGUGGAGCCCGUCUCGGCGUCGGCGGCGCAUGUCCUGGGCGAGGUCUGCAGAGAGAAGCAGGAGGCGGCCAUCCCGCUGGUGCGGCUCUUCCUGCACUACGGCCGGGUGGUGCCCUUCAUCAGCGCCAUUGCCAACGCGGAGGUGCAGAGGACGCAGGACCCCAACACCAUUUUCCGAGGAAACUCGUUGACAUCCAAGUGCAUUGACGAGACAAUGAAGCUGGCGGGCAUGCAAUAUCUGCAUGUCACCCUGAAGCCCACCAUAGAGGAGAUCUGCCAGAGCCACAAACCCUGUGAGAUCGACCCCGUGAAGUUGAAAGAUGGUGAAAACCUCGAAAGCAACAUGGAGAACCUGCGGCAGUACGUCGAUCGCAUCUUCAACGUCAUCACCAAGUCGGGGGUGAGCUGCCCGACCGUCAUGUGCGACAUUUUCUUCUCCCUCCGCGAGGCGGCUGCCAAGCGCUUCCAAGAUGACCUGGACGUGAGGUACACAGCUGUGAGCAGCUUCAUUUUCCUGAGAUUCUUCGCUCCUGCCAUUCUGUCCCCCAACCUCUUCCAGCUCACGCCUCACCACACGGACCCGCAAACUUCCCGGACGCUGACCCUCAUCUCAAAGACAAUUCAGACUCUUGGCAGCUUAUCCAAGUCAAAGUCUGCCAGUUUUAAAGAAUCCUACAUGGCUGCAUUCUAUGAAUUCUUCAAUGAGCAGAAAUACGCUGAUGCAGUAAAAAACUUCUUGGAUUUGAUCUCAUCCUCCGGGAGAAGAGACCCGAAGAGCGUGGAGCAGCCCAUCCUGCUGAAGGAGGGGUUCAUGAUUAAGAGGGCACAAGGACGAAAACGCUUUGGGAUGAAGAAUUUUAAGAAAAGAUGGUUCCGCCUGACAAACCACGAAUUUACCUACCAGAGAAACAAAGGAGACCAGCCGCUCUGCAGCAUUCCCAUCGAGAACAUCCUGGCGGUGGAGCAGCUGGAGGAGGAGUCCUUCAAGAUGAAGAACAUGUUCCAGGUCAUCCAGCCUGAGCGAGCCCUGUACAUCCAGGCCAACAACUGCGUGGAGGCCAAGGCCUGGAUUGACAUCCUCACCAAAGUGAGCCAGUGCAACCAGAAGCGCCUCACUGUCUACCACCCCUCCGCCUACCUCAACGGCCACUGGCUGUGCUGCAGGGCGGCCUCGGACACGGCCGCCGGCUGCUCCCCCUGCACCGGCGGCCUCCCAGCAAACAUUCAGCUGGACAUCGACGGGGACCGUGAGACGGAACGCAUCUACUCACUGUUUAACUCGUACAUGAGCAAGCUGGAGAAGAUGCAAGAGGCCUGUGGGAGCAGAUCCGUGUACGCCGGGCCGGAGCAGGAGGAGUACUCGACCUUCCUCAUCGACGACCCCCAGGAGACCUACAAGACGCUGAAGCAGGUCAUCGCCGGGGUCGUGGCCUUGGAGCAGGAGCACGCCCAGUACAAAAGGGACAAGUUCAAGAAGACCAAGUAUGGGAGCCAGGAGCACCCCAUCGGAGACAAGAGCUUCCAGAGCUACAUCCGGCAGCAGUCCGAGGUCUCCACCCAUUCCAUGUGAGGCCA